AUGGCUUUUAGCUUCCGCUUAAAUACGGAAUCAGCGCUGAUUCAACGCUACAACUACUAUGUUAUCAGUGCAGUGCUUCUGUAUGUGGAAAUCAAUCAACCAGGAAUCUGGGAUGGUGCGGGUUUCAGAAUGGUCGUCAUCCACAUUGUCGCGCAAUUGCUAAGUUUCUUUACAAUUGUUCAAAUAAUAUCGGCAAAAGCGAAACCGACUAUCAUCUUCGCACAGAAAAACAGAGCAGACAUUGUUCAGUUGAGAGACAAAGAACGGAUGACGGACCUUAUGCCAAUAAUCCGAGUACGCCGAAAGCGAUCUGCUGAUCCACGUGCAGCACUUAUUAUGGAGACGAAAAAGCGAAAAGAUGAUCCGCUUUUGUUCUCUUUGUUUAAAACCGACAAUGAUAACGAAGGCAUAGAUGGAAUCAAAAGUGGUGUACGUGUUAUAGAUUUCAAAGCUGAUAGUUCUGAAGUUGCAGCAGGCCGAGGCCUUGAAUUCAUUGGUGAACUUAAUGAACCAGGAGCAGGACCCAGCGAUGAUCCUAUGGGGGAUCGAGGAGAUGUAGAGGAACCUGUCGGCUAUGACUAUUAUAAAAUAUACAGAGGAUCAAUGACAGAACCUAUACGAGAAUGGGACGCAGAUGUGGAAUUGAGAUUUGCUACUGAAGAAGAGCAAACUCUCUUGCUUGGAAACUCUGAUUCUGAAAGUGACUGCGCGGCCGAUGACGAUGACGACUCGAACGAUGAAAAUAACUGGCGAAACGACUAUCCAGAAGAGGAGGAUGACGAUACUGAGGAUGAAGAUGUCAAUUACUAUGAUGACGAUGACAGGGAAUUUAGGCGUACUGUCCACGAAGACAAUGACGAAUCACCCUUUGCACUGGAAGGAAUGCGACGUCGCUUGGAAGGAUUUGCUAUGGAAGCAUAUGAAGGGGAGGAGGACAACUCAGAUGAUGAUGAUGAUUACUUACGAGGCAAUCAUUCUGGUCCUAGUAACGAUGAUGACGACAGUUACGAUGAUAGAUAUCGUGAAGACUAA